AGCAGAAGAAAGGAAGAAGAAGAAGAGCCAAUGGGAAAGCUCCCUCCCUCAUUCCGAAAUUCAUUUCCGAUUACCGCCCUGCUGAAAAAUCCUCCCUCUCCUCUUCCCCAACAGUCCCCAUCUCUGACUCCGCCUGCUUCUCAGCCCCGCCAUGUCCCCUCCUCUAAGAAAUCCUCCUCCUCCAAAAGGAAACAACUCAAAACCGAUCGAACCUCUGAUUCCAAUUCCAUGGUCUUCAAUUCCCCAAGUCUUUCCGACGCCAAAAAGACCUUCAAUUCCAUCAUCGUCUCUUCCCCUGCGCAGCAUCUCGAUAUCCGUUUUCAUAAUGCAAUCCUCCAGUCCUUCUCCCAGGUUUCCACCCCUCAAGAUUCUCUCGCCUUCUUUCACCACAUGACCAAAACCCACCCCUCCUUCAUCCCUAAUCGCUCCACCUACAACAUCCUUCUCUCCCACUCUUGCAAGUGCCCCUCUGAUUCCGACCUCUCCUUACUCCACAAUACCCUCGAUCUCAUGGCCCACAAUGGCUUUCCUCCCGACCAGAGCUCCGUCGACCUCGUCGUUCGUUCUCUCUGUUCUGUUGGUCGCGAAGACAAAGCUGUCGAAUUAGUCAAGGAAUUCUCGCUCAAACACUCUCCACCCGAUUCCUUUACCUACAAUUUCUUCAUUCGGCACCUCUCCAAGACUAGGGUUUUAAGUUCCGUUUACAGUCUCAUCGAAGACUUGCAGAAUACGGUCAACUUGAAGCCUGACCUCGUCACUUACACCAUCUUGAUUGAUUCGGUUUGUAGAAGUAAGAAUCUUCGCGAGGCCACUCGGUUGCUUGGAGUCCUGCGUGAGUCUGGGUUUAAGCCCGAUUGUUUCCUUUAUAACACCAUUAUGAAAGGUUACUGUAUGUUGGAUAGUGGAAACGAGGUGAUUGGGGUUUACAAGAAGAUGAUGGAGGACGGGGUCGAACCUGAUCUCGUCACGUAUAAUACAUUGAUUUAUGGGUUGUCCAAGGCUGGCAGGGUGAGCGAAUCUCGUAAAUUUCUCCGUGUAAUGGCAGAAAUGGGGCAUUUCCCUGAUGCGGUUACCUAUACUUCUCUCAUGAACGGGAUGUGUCGGAAAGGGGACGCAUUGGGAGCGCUCGAGCUAUUGGAAGAGAUGGAGCAGAAGGGUUGCAGUCCCAAUUCUUGCACUUAUAAUACUUUGCUUCACGGGUUGGGUAAAUCACGGUUUUUGGACAAAGCUGUGGAGCUGUACGAGAUGAUGAAGUCGAGCGGGAUGAAACUGGAGACGGCUUCUUAUGCUACGUUUGUGAGGGCAUUGUGUAGGGCUGACAGAGUUGCAGAGGCUUACGGAGUUUUUGAUUAUGCGGUGGAGAGUAAGAGCUUGACAGAUGUUGCGGCAUACUCCGCACUGGAGAGUUCUCUCAAGUGGCUAAAGAAAACCAGGGAACAAAGGACAGAGUUGUAAGUCCAGUCACAGUUAGACAUGCUGAAUGUAUUUCGGCAUCAGCUGUUUGUUUUUGAACGUUCCACCAGCUUCCCCUCGCUCAUUGCAAUCAUCAAACUGUAGACCUACCAUCUGGGGUGGAUAUGCUGCUGCAGGGUAAUAUGCCUCCUUGCUUGGAAGCUUCAGUAAGCACCUAA